UACGUUUCGCGUGUGGGCGGGAUAUCUCCGCCGGAAGAGGCGGUUCGUAAACUUGGAGGGAAUUUGAAUUAAAAGAAUAAUGAAUUGCACAAUGGUCAACACAGGAAUACUUGAGUAGUAACAUUUCAUUUAAUUUCUCAUGAAUUCCUUGCUCAAUUUUCGCCAGCUAUAACUAGAUAGUUGGAGUAUUUCAACAUGGGCUGUACAGUGAGAACGUGGCGUGUGAAGCAAUACUAGCCAACUACAAAUUAAUUUGCGAUCUAGUCGGCAUCAGGGCUAUGCAUUCUAACAGGAAGAAUCUAGCGACACAACUGAGCCAAGCUGUCAGAGAUGGAGAACCGAGGGCUGUGGAAAAUCUUCUUUCGCGAGGCGCAAAUCCAAACUUGAUACUUCGCAAAGGUGUCGCGGCGGUGCAUUUAGCUGUUGGCAUAGAGACAGAGAAGCGAAUUCGUUGCCUAAAGCUUCUUCUACAGCAUGGGGCUGACCCUAAUGUGAGGUCGGUAGAGGAUCUGACACCCUUGCACGUUGCUGCACUAUGGGGCUGCUACCAGAACCUCAAGCUGCUUCUGCAGAAUGGAGGAGACCCCAGCUUAAAAGACCAGGAUGGGAACCAACCAGUUGAUUUGGCAAAUCAACAGGAGAACAGCAAAUGUGCACAGCUCCUGCAGGAAUACCAGUCCUUGGAUGGUACAGAAGCAGAGGAGGAAGACCUGCCGCAAUUCCAAUACUCCUUUUAUCGUGGCCAUGGCAGUAAGGUCGUACCCUCCAGCUCUUGCAUGGAAGAAAGCACUUCUGCAUCUGAGAACUCCCGAUUUAGUGACUUCAAUGAGGGGCCACUCAGUAGCACACGGCGUUCUUCCUGUUUGAACCUGUCAGGAACCAGCAACAGGCCCAGAUUCUCAGGGCUGUCCGAUAUCACUGACCUACAUUUACGUCGUACCCUGGAAUGGGACAGGGACUCGGACUGGGGUGUUCCCUCAGUUCUCUAUAGCACUCGGAUGUCCGCAGCAGGUUCAAGAGCACCCUCAGGGACUUUGCCUAUACUUCAGGAGGGAGUCGCACUUCCUAACUGCAGCUUGUUGCCCUCUAAGGACCUAGAUAUCUCUGCGAUCCAAAGACAGUCCAGUGUGUUCCCUCACCAUGAGGACCCACCCUGUUACUCACGCCUUGUCAGCCGAAAAAGUGUAACCUUCAAGGACACGGAUGAAUACUUUCCGGUGUUCAGUGCCGACUCUCCCAGGAAGCCAGUGGAACAAGAGAGUAGCUCCUUGGUUGACACAACAGUCGACUUCUCAACCUACCCAAACUUUCUGGAUUCAGAGCGUACGGCUACUUUGCAGCAUCAUCAGGGAAUUGAUGUCACCUCACCUGAUCACGUCUUUGUAUUCUCCCGAGAUAUUGAUUGUGCCAGUCCUGACUUGGAUAAGACUGUAAUGGGACAUUGGCUAAUGGAGGGGGGCGAAAUGGAUGAGGGAGGUGGUGAGGAGUUUGAUAAGGUGAUUGACCCUGUCCAGCCGCCUCACAGCUCCAGUAGCAGCAGUGGGGCUAGUCAAUACAGUAGCUGUGACAGUGACCAGUACACCAGUGCCCUAGAGCCACCGCUCCAUCACAGGUGCAUCCCACCUUCGACAGAAGAUGCAGAAAAGAGAUCAGAAUCUAGAAAAUGUGGCACUCCUCCCGAGGCAGCCUCCUUUAUUUUGCCAUCAAGCAGGGCAGCACCACAAGAGCCUACAUUUCCUUUGAAAUCACUGGGCGCAGAGAGUUUGUAUCCUGUACUUGGAGAAGAGCUAAAGGAGCACUUGUUAAGCAAGGGUCAUUCACAUAACGAUGGGUAUCCUGCCUUACCAAAUGUCCCCAUUCUGUGGGGCUCAGACCCUUCAAAUGGGGUCAUGACAGAGGCAGAGCUUCCUGCUAUGAUGAACGACUUGCAGCUGUGUGCUAAAUCCCCCCUAAGCAAAACUGGGGAAGACCCGCAGAAAGGUCUGGUUAAGGCAUUUUCAGACACAUUCCCUGCGGCACAAUCUGAGAGGGAGGAGGACCUGCAUGCAGGGGAGUUCAUGCAUUCUUCCAGAGCAAGUGGGGCUCUGGCCAAGGAAGAGAUAGAGUUUCCACUGACACCCAGCCCAUUUGUCACAGGAAGGACACGUUCCAGAAUGAGCCGCUCCUCCCUACGAACCACUGGCAGCCCACACACACCCCUGUCCGCUUCCUCUCUGUUUGAUGUGACCUUGUCUCCACCAACACGCCGGUUGCGUCGUAAUAACACUGGCAGAACAUGUGACAGACAGGCAGAUGGACUUCGUUGCACUCCAAAUCUUUCAUCAAAUGGAUUGGGGGCUGCUCCAGCAAACGCCGAAAUUCAGGGCAGCCAAGAGAGUGAGACCUGCAGUCUGAGGGCUGAUGGACACCAGAGUUCACAACGGAGUGACAGCCAAGCAGACACCCUAAUAAUCUCUAGGAGUAUGGCUGACACAGUUAUUAUCUCUGGUAGUUUAGCUGACACUGUGAUCCUGGAGGACAGGAAUGGUGAAAGUGUGCCUAACUCUUCUGGAGACGGUCAAGUUGAGACCAGUCCAUCUUGCCCCAGUAAUGAUGUUAUAGAGGAGAAGGAAUUCCUAACGGAUGAUCAGUCAAGUUUGAACGGGGAAGGGCCCAAUGAGGUAUUGAAUCUGGUUCCUCCUCAAGUGAGUCCUCCGAGGCCAAAUGUGGAAGAAUCCUGGAUCACUGAUGAUGUUGAGUCCAGUGACUCACAGUCAGAGCUCCAUUAUACUUCUCCAGAGCCACGGAAAGAACCACCAGCAACCCCUGCCUCUGGAGGUACCCCACGAUACAGUAUGAGUAGGCUAUCUGCAUGCCAAAAGCCCCAGACCCUGGCCAACCUCUCGUACACCCCAGGAGGACGGCCCCUGAUUGUGGAUGUGGACGAGCCUGUUGAGUACCUUUAUACUGAUGUUGAACAAGGCCAUGAGCUGAUCGAGUGCCAUUUGCCACCCACUGCCAACACCAGCCUCAGCUCCAAUACGAGCAGUAGUGAGGAUACUGUGCUGUAUGACUGGCGCUCUGCGAUGCUUGGCCUCGGAAAGGAGAACCAUCUGUGUCAGGAAGAGGUAUUGCCAGAUACCAAGGGGCUAACUGACAAGGAGCUGAGGUGCAGGCUGAAGGAGCUGGGGGAGGAUCCAGGCCCCAUCAAUCGGCGUACUCGUCCAGUGUACAUCCAGAGACUGCACCGCCUACAGAUGAAGCCCAACAGCCAACAGCCAGCCAAUCAGAACUCGGGAUACAGUACGGAAUUGGCUGCUGCUCUGGACCGUUUUGCUCUGCCUAACUGCUUUGAUGAGGAGAUGGCACUGUGCCAGCAGUUUGACCAACCAGACCAAAAUAGGAAGUGGCGUGAAGGCAUCAUCAAGUCCAGCUUCAACUAUCUGCUCCUCGACCCCAGAGUCACAAAGAACUUACCAUACCGCAGUCAGUCCAUGACCCCUGCAGAGUGUUUCCAAACUUUUGUUGGAGCCAUUUUCUAUGUGGGCAAGGGCAAGAGAUCUCGGCCGUACAGCCACCUGUACGAAGCACUGGAGUACUACCGAGGAGACAAAAUUUCCAAGAAACUGUGCUCCAAGGUGCAGCACAUCCUGCAGGUAUGGAAUGCUGGGCAGGGGGUCAUUUCCCUGCACUGCUUCCAGAACGUCAUCCCAGUGGAAGCUUACACCCGAGAAGCCUGCAUGGUUGAUGCCAUUGGCCUAAAGAUGCUGACCAAUCAGAAGCGGGGGGACUACUAUGGGAUUGUGGCGACUUGGCCUUUGAAACAGCGGCGUGAACUGGGAGUCCACCUGCUUUUCCGGGCCAUGCAGAUCUUCCUGGCGGAAGGAGAACGGCAGCUGCGGCCAGUGGACAUCAGGGCAGGCCAGUGAGUGCUCCACAGAACAAGGGACAGUCCUGGCAGAGACACGGGUCAGAGACAGUAGUGACUGGAGGGGAAAUACCACUUAUUCAUGAGGUCUCAUUAUGAAGAUCAGCCCUCAUUUGCAUUAUUAUGAAGUUCUGCAGUAGAAGCCUGGAUUUCAGGAGAUUUGCAAUGUGCAUGACUCAUACCUAAAUUCAAAUUCCCAACUACAUACCUGGUCCUGUUGCACAGCAUGCAGUAUGUUGUGGGUUAGCAACAAUACUCAUUACUACAAGAAUGAGGAUUUCCUGGGAUUUCAAUUCAAUUCAAUCAACAAAACAAAAAUGUACAGGUCAGAGAUCAGUGGAGUUUGAUACCCAGUUUUAUACCCAUACUUGAAACAGGUGGAUAAUGCUAUGAAAGACUGAAGAUUCUGGAACAGUCUAAACUGAGGUAAUCCAAUGUUUACAGAACGUGUAUAUUAAUGACAAAUGAACGAAUUAACACAAUAACAAUUUUACAUUUGAGCAUCAGCGAAAGGUUAAA